AUAUUUCCUCUUCCAACGGAGUUCGCGUGUCCGCUAGCCUGCAAAUCCUGCAUAAAGGAGCUACCUCCAGAUCACAGACUAGAGAGAGAGAAGAGAGAGAAAGAGAUAGAAAGACAAAAGAAGCUGCCAUAACUCUCGCAUUUUGUCAAGAGAUCAGCGACAAGUAGCUGCUGCUGCUGUUGAGAGAGAAGAAAUACAAUAGGUUCGUCCGCAGAGGUGUAGUGCAGGCCACCCCGUUCAAACAGAGAUCAAUGUCGUUUCCUUUAACUCUUUAAACGUAUCUAUCUAUGUAUGUAUCGCUGAAAGCCUGAAACACUUCGGAUUUUGCGUUUUUCGUCUUCCGCUGAGGCAUCUAAGGAAUCAGAACCUUUUAACUUAUAGACUGGAGAUUGAAGGAUUUGUUGGAUGGAAUAAGUUGAACUUUUGGCACAAAAGUUAUCAGGGUUAAAUUGUAUGAAAGUAAACUGGUACAAGAUGAACUGGAACCAACAGAUGGAUGUUCACUAUGUAAAUGGAAGCUUUCCUUAUAACUCAGCUGGAAGUUAUGCAAAUUUCUUUGAAGGUCUUGCCUAUGAGCAUGCCAAUUUCAUUUUUGCAGAUGCUGUUCACUCUCAGGAGAGCAUGUACCCUCCUCCAAUGCAAACAAAUUUCUACAAAUUUGGCUUAUCUGAUCAAGGGAAUGUUUCCUAUUAUGAUUAUAACAAUGGACAUAUCCUCAAUGGUCAUGCAUCCCAAGUACAUGAAUACACUAGGCACUUUGAGAACUCUCAAGCAAUCCACUUGGAGAACUCUCAAGCAAUCCACUUGGAGAACUCUCCAGCAAUCCACUUGGAGAACUCUCAAGCAAUCCACUUGGAGAACUCUCAAGCAAUCCACUUGGAGAACUCUCAAGCAAUCCACUUGGAGAACUCUCAAGCAAUCCACUUGGAGAACUCUCAAGCAAUCCACUUGGAGAACUCUCAAGAAAUCCACUUGGAGAACUCUCAAGCAAUCGCUUGUGAGCAAACAGCUACAGUAACUACACAGUGGGAUGAAAAUGCUGUUGGAAAUACGAAUCCUGACCAUGCAGAAUGUCCCCUAGAUCAGCCAAAUGAUAAUGAUAGUCAGGUCAUUUGGCAAGACAAUGUUGAUCUUGACAAUAUGACUUAUGAGGAACUUCUCGAACUUGGCGAAGCAGUUGGCACUGAGAACCGAGGGCUCGCUCCAGAACUAAUAUCUUUACUUCCAGUUCGGAAAUUCAAGACUGGCUUCUUCUCCAGAAAGAAAUCAAAAAUCGAAAGGUGUGUAAUAUGUCAAAUGGAAUACAAAAGAGGUGAAAGACAGAUGACCCUUCCUUGCAAACACGUCUACCAUGUCGAUUGUGGAUCAAAGUGGCUUAGUGUCAACAAGGCUUGCCCCAUAUGUUACACAGAGGUGUUUGGAGUCGACGAAUCAAAGCACUAACGGCGUAUAAUCAAGGCACCUCUCUUUUUCUUCAUCUCCUUCUUUUUAAAUAUACAGUUUCGUCGAGUUUUUAAAUAAAUAGACUUGAUAUUGGAUUUAUAAACUUUGGAGGAUUAUUGUAGUUUUGAUAAGAAACAAGAUAUUACAGCUGCCAUUUGAUACAAAAAAGACCAGCCUUAUAAUAGAUAUAGAGGGGUUCAUCAGUAAGACUU